UAGGAGCAGAAAUGAUAUUAAGUUCUAUGUCGUGAUAUCACGUCUAUGUACUUUACUGUUCGAAAAUGAACACACCAUUAACUUCGUUGGUAGUUAUUUGUGCAAUUAUAGUUUCCAGUUACCAAGGAAAACUUCGUUACGAUAAUUAUCAAGUCUACAGGGUUAUACCUGAAAAUGUAGAACAACUAAAAUUUUUGAAUCACCUUCAAGCAGACCCAGGUUUAAGGUUUUGGAGAGAAGUAACAACUGUUAAUCGUCAUGUGGAUAUUAUGGUACCGCCGGAUAGAGUAAAUGAAUUUCUCCAGUUAAUUCGAAGUAAACAGAUGAAACCAAAGACCCUUAUUUCUAACGUACAAGACCUAAUUGAUAAAGAAAGAGGGAAAAGGAAUAUUACAGAUGAAUUUGGUUGGGACGACUACCAUACACUAGAAGAGAUUAACAUUUGGUUAGGAGCUAUAGCUGAACAGUAUCAUGAUAAAGUAACUCUUCUGAAGGGUGGUUCUUCUUACGAAGGUAGACCCAUAGUUGGGGUGCAUGUUAGUUUUGCUCCUGGAAAUGAAAACAGAUCUGUUUUUAUUGACGCUAAUAUACAUGCAUGUGAAUGGAUUUCCUCUGCAGUAGCAACUUACAUAUUGAAUCAAGUCUUAACAAGUACAGAUACUAAUGUGCGUGAAGUUGCAGAAAGUCAUGACUGGUACGUUUUUCCAGUUCUGAAUCCCGAUGGUUAUGUCUACACACAUUUAUCUGACCGCACUUGGAGAAAAACGAGAGUGCCAUAUGAUGAUGGGUGCUAUGGGGCUGAUCCCAAUCGAAACUGGGACAACCAUUUUAAUGAAGGAGGUGCUAGCGAUGAUCCAUGCUCAGACACGUAUGCUGGUCCUGAAGCUUUUUCUGAACCUAUGACAAAAUCCCUUUCUGAGUAUUUGCUCACUAUAGGUCAUAGCUUGGAAGGUUAUAUUUCUUUCCAUUCAUAUCAUCAAGCUUUGCUUCUUCCAUAUGGGUAUACCACAGAUCAUUUGGAUAAUUACGAUGAAUUGUACGACGUCGGAUUGAAAGCAAUUGAUACACUUUCUCAACGUUAUGGUACUCAGUACGAAAUUGGUAAUGUAGCUGAAUUAAUGUACAUAGCAAGUGGUGGAAGUCCCGAUUGGGUGAAAGGUACUUUUGGAACUAGAAUAACGUACACAUAUGAACUGCGUGAUACGGGAAAAUACGGAUUUCUUCUUCCUGCUGAAUUAAUCAUACCGACUGCAGAAGAAACUUUUGAUUCCAUUAUAAGAAUAUUCCAAGAGUUUGCUAAAAAGCCGUAAAUUAUGAUGAUGAAAAAUAAAGGCAGUUUUCAAA